AUGUCGACAAUUUUCAACAAAAAAAGCGUCUACUUCGGCGUUCUUUGGUCGGCAUAUUACGCCUUGGGCGGCGUCGACUUGUAUGACGGGAAUUAUGGAACCAUUCGCUACUGGGCUGCUGUGCUGCUUAAUGUUCUCGUGACUUUGUGCUUGCCGCUGAUGCUUUUCAUGAGCAUGUUCAGCUUCGAUCUGCCGCUGGACAAUCUGAUCAACUUCAAUAUAACUCUCACCUCGGCGUGCGCCUCUGUAAAAUUCGUAGUAUAUGUCACUCAACUGAAGAAGAUUGUGGAGAUCGAGCAGCGAGUGGCUCAGCUGGACAGGCGUGCGGACACGGAUGAACAACGUUCCUAUAAGGCCGAAAUGGCCAGGAAAUUAGUCAUCAUGUCUACUGUGUACAAAUAUAUUUACUGCUGUGCUAUUUUAACUACAUGUGCUCCUCCUUUGUUUCAAAAGGAACGCUCGCUACCAUUCCCGGCCUGGUUUCCAACGGACUGGACUUCAUCGCUGACCAGUUACAUAAUUGCGGUGAGUCACCAGAUCCUCUCAAUAGUCGUACAAGUGCUGCAGAACUUUGUGGAUGAUCUGUUUCCGCCAAUGAUCUUCGUGAUCAUUGUUGGCCAAUGCGAGCUGCUCAUCCAGCGACUCUCGAGCAUCGGCUAUGACCAAAGUGACCAGCGCGCUAAUGAAUGGAAGCUCAUCGAAUGCAUUCGUGAUCAUCAGAAGAUUUUUGAGCUACACGAGCUCACCAUGGAGGUCAUUUCGUGGCCCUUGCUGGUGCAGUUCGUUGUGAUCUCUAUUGACGUCGGCACCGCCCUGUGCGCUCUAAUCUUCUACGCUGAGAAUAUGAACGACAAAGUCUACUUCAGCUCAUUUAUUUUCGCCUUGGGCAUGCAAAUAUUUCCCAUUUGCUACUUUGGGACCAUGGUGGGGUAUUCGUUUGGACGUUUGCACUAUGCCGUCUAUAGCAGCAAUUGGGUCGAUCAGAGCAUGUCCUACCGCAAGAGCGUGCUCAUCUUCGUGGAGCGCACUCGACGCUUGCCUAAACAAAUGGCCGGCAACUUUGUGCCAAUUGCCCUAACCACUUUUCUGGCCAAUUGCAAGGCGGCCUACUCCUUCUGUACGCUGCUCGCAGAUAGUGGAUCAAAGUAA